UAUCAGCGACAGUCUCCCCCGCCGUCCUAACAGCACAGUAAGGGGUCACUACCCCCACUCAAUACAGAGAGAGAGAGACGGGCACAUUAAACAAACACCUAGGGCUGACAGCAAAGCAGCGAAGACCGUAAUUAAACCGCGCGUCUUUGCUCCCCGACCAGAAACCCUCACUCACCCCCUAACUGUGCCGAGGACACUGGGUUUAACUUCGUCUAAAUAGGUUGACAGGGCGAGGGUCGCUUGUCUCCCAGGGGAUUCUGCGAAGCAGCGUCUUUAGCCGGGUUGGACCCACUAGGCUACUAACUAGCCAGGUCUGAGGGACUCCAGACAGAACAGAGAGCACAAACUUCUGACUACCUGAAACCAGAACCAGGAAGUAAACAACACAGAAAACAACAACAUCAUGAAGACCUCCACCGUCUUCCUCUCGCUCCUCGCCUCACUCUCUUGUUCCCAGAGCGACUCUCCGGAACUCAUUGUGACAACGCGGGCAGGAAGCUUACGCGGCAUCCGCCUACCGACGCCCGACAGGAGUCACGUGACUGCUUUCCUCGGCAUCCCAUUCGCCGAGCCCCCGCUGGGCGAGAAGCGCUUCCGUAAGGCGGAGCCAAAGAAGCCGUGGUCGGGAGUGUUCGACGCUAGCUCCUACCCUAACGCCUGCUAUCAGUUCAUUGACACCUCUUUCCCCGGGUUCCAAGGAUCUGAGAUGUGGAACCCGAACAGGGAGAUGAGUGAGGACUGCCUAUACCUCAACAUCUGGGUACCAACCUCCCCCAGACCUCACAACCUCACCGUGAUGGUGUGGAUCUACGGUGGAGGCUUCUACAGUGGCUCCUCGUCCCUGGAUGUGUAUGAUGGACGUUACCUGGCCCACUCUGAGAAGGUGGUGGUGGUGUCCAUGAACUACCGUGUCGGGGCCUUUGGUUUCCUGGCUCUUCCUGGCUCUUCGGAGGCCCCUGGGAAUGUGGGGCUCCUAGACCAACGUAUGGCCCUCCAGUGGAUCCAGAAUAACAUACAUAUCUUCGGGGGCAACCCCAAGCAGGUGACCAUCUUUGGGGAGAGUGCAGGAGCAGUCUCUGUGGGAAUACACCUCCUGUCUCCAGACAGCCGCCCCACCUUCACCCGAGCCAUCCUCCAGAGUGGAGUCCCCAACUGUCCCUGGGCCACUGUUACGCCCGCUGAAGCCCAGCGGAGAGCUGCCAUGUUGGGGAAACUGGUGGGCUGUCCCUCUGGGGGUAACGACACAGAGCUGGUGGACUGUCUCCGUAACAAGCCCCCCCAGGACCUCAUCCACCAGGAGUGGCAGGUCAUGCCAUGGUCGGCCAUCUUCCGUUUCUCCUUCGUGCCGGUCAUCGAUGGCGUGGUCCUCCCUGACAACCCAGAGGCCAUGCUGUCAUCAGGCAACAUCAAAGACACCCAAAUCCUGCUGGGAGUCAACCAGGACGAGGGCUCCUUCUUCCUCCUCUACGGAGCCCCCGGCUUCAGCAAGGACAACGAGUCAUUGAUCUCCCGUGAGAACUUCCUGGAGAGCGUGAAGCUGAGUGUCCCGCACGCCAACGAAAUCGGCCAGGAGGCUGUGGUGCUGCAGUACACUGACUGGUUCGAUGAGAACAAUGGAGUGAAGAACCGAGACUCCCUGGAUGACGUGGUCGGAGACCAUAAUGUCAUCUGCCCUCUGCAGCAGUUUGCCAGGACCUACUCCCAGCUCCACUCUAACCUGGGUGCCAACAAUGGACAACAGUCGGACAACGCUGGGGCCAUGACCAAGGACGGGAACUCACAAAGUGGAGUGUACCUGUACCUGUUUGAGCACCGUGCGUCUAACCUGGCGUGGCCUGGGUGGAUGGGCGUUAUCCAUGGUUACGAGAUAGAGUUUGUGUUCGGCAUGCCACUGGAGAAGAGACUCAACUACACAGCCGAGGAGGAGAAACUGAGCCGACGCAUGAUGAGAUACUGGGCUAACUUCGCACGCACCGGUAACCCCAACAUCAAUUUUGACGGCAGUUUGGAUAGCAGGCAGAGGUGGCCGCAGUUCACCAACAGUGAGCAAAAACACGUGGGGCUGAACACAGAAUCUCUGAAGAUCCACAAGGGCCUGCGGAACCAGCUGUGUGCAUUCUGGAACCGCUUUCUGCCACGCCUCCUCAAUAUCACCGAUAACAUAGACGAGGCGGAGCGUCAGUGGAAGGUGGAGUUCCAUCGCUGGUCCUCCUACAUGAUGCAUUGGAAGAGCCAGUUCGACCAUUACAGCAAGCAAGAGCGCUGCACUGACCUCUGAGGAGAGAGAGAGAGAGAGAGAGAGAGAGAUGCCGACAAUGUCCUUCCAUAUUAUCCUACAUGUCUUCAUGUGAUAUGUUGAGGCUUGGUAUGUUGAGGCUUGGUAUGUUGAGGCUUGGUAUGUUGAGGCUUGGUAUGUUGAGGCUUGAUAUGUUGAGGUUAUUAUAUUUAACUCAAUGUGUUUUUUCUGGUUUCCAUUGCAGAGGUUAUAGCAGGUCUAUAAGACUUUUCAUCAGACAGGAGUUAUGGAAGGAGAUGGUCAUUGAUGAAGAGUUUGAAUAGGUGUGUGUGUGUGUGUGUGUGUGUGUGUGUGUGUGUGUGUGUGUGUGUGUGUGUGUGUGUGUGUGUGUGUGUGUGUGUGUGUGUGUGUGUGUGUGUGUGUGUGUGUGUGGUACGACUGAACCUCUGGGUCCCACCCACCUCACUCUUUAAAAAAAAAAAACGUUAUUAUUUUCCAGUUUAUACAAAUUUCACAAUCUGCUCAUUUGAAAUUAUCUUUCUUUAAAACAGCUAGUGUUGUCUGUCUAUGUAUCUGUUCACUUGUCUUGAUCUCAUAUAUUCUUCCCUCUGGUUAUAUAGUGCUGUUCAUUGUAUCUCUGUGUAGUGUCUUCUGCUGUCUCAAAUUGUGCACCACUUGGCUCUGGUCAAAGUAGUGUACUAGGAAGAGUACUACAUAGGGAAUAGAGUGUGAUUUGGGAUUGAGUCUGUGUGGGACCAAAUGUAAAACCUAAAACCACUGAUCAACUGUUAUGUUAGUCUAGGAAUCUGGAGCCAUGUAAAUCCCUGUGUUCUGGGUUAGAAAAGAACUGCACUGAAAGUGUAUGUGUGUGUGUGUGUGUGUGUGUGUGUGUUACAUGUCCAUCUUGUUGAUCACUGCUUUGGUAUUGGUUUUCAAUUCAUAGUGUGUUUAUGAACUGUGUAUGCACUUGUCUGCAUAUAUUCACAUAUCUCUGUCAAUCGCCUAUAUGUAGCUAAACUAACCCCUCAUGUAUGCCAGUACACCUACUGUUUGUUUUAGUGCGUAUUAUUAUAUUUUGUGUGCGUGUGUGUGUUUACUGCUGAUGUUGUCUCUGUACCAACGGUUGAUGUGUUUCUCUCCUCCAUCCCACUCUCCAUCUAUCUCUCCUCCUCUCUCUUAUAUUCCUAUCUCGCUCCCUCCCAUCAUCUUUCUCUCUAUUCCUAUACAUCUCUCUCCCCUUUCUCACUCCCUACUCUUUCCACCUCACUGUCUCUUCUCUCCAUCUCUCUCUCUCUUCCAUCCAUCUCUCCGUGUCCCCAGAGGAUGAACGUUCUCGUUAGUCUAAUGGAGGCUGAAGUAAUUCACUCAGAGUGUGUGUCGUGUGUGUGUGUGUGUGUGUGUGUGUGUGUGUGUGUGUGUGUGUGUGUGUGUGUGUGUGUAAUUCACUUAGAGCGUGUGUGAAACAGCAGGAUGCUGCGUCUGCCUUUCACUGGCUAUGAGACUGACAGGCCUCGCUGUGCUGUAUACUGCGGUGGCUGGGUUUGAAGGAGAGAGAGGGUGGAGAGGGGGGUGGAGUAGAGAGUGGAAAAGGGGUGAGAUGAGAGAGAGAUCAGGUAGAGGGGAAGGAGAGAGCGAGAGAUGGAGGAACAAAGAGAUAGAAAGGGAAGAGAGGGAUAGACAAAGAAUAAAACAGGGUUCUGUGCUCCUCCUGUCUGUACCACAGUUAUUGAUCUUUAAUGGGACAUAUGCAUAAUACCUCUGUGUGGGUUUUGAUUCCUCUCUUUCAGUAUGUUAUUUUACUGUUACACUUGCAUGCUUCAGGUUUACACCAACUACUGUGUCAGUAUAAUGGACUGUUGUGAGUUUGGCUGCUCUCUUGAGGGCUUUGUGAUAAGUCUGUCAGCCUGACUGACUGUGUAUGUUUACUGUCAGUCUGAACCUCUGUCCACCUCUGUCUGUAGAACUCUACAGCUGUCUGUCUCUUCGUAUGUCUGUCUGUGUCCAUCUGUGUGAUGGUGUGUGAGACGUCGUCUAUUUGUGAUGUCAUAUGUGCGUGAUGUCAUAUUGAUUUGAACUCGCGUCCGUUGACACUGUGGAAGAAAUCAGGAUCAGCCUUGUGAUUGGUCAGUGGGUCUUCCUGUGAAGCAGUUUAUUUACCUGGCAUGUAGAACUCCUAUUUAAUGACUGGAGUAGAGUAGUCUAGCUUUAAAAAUAAAAUAUAUAAUGUAUAUUGAAAAGAA